CGCUCGCGGAGGCGUCGCGACGAUCGGACGAACGAACGUGGCGAGGAGGACCAGCAGCAACCAGACUGGGAACGUCAGAGUGCCCUACGACUGCGCCGCGCUCACAUCCCUGCCUUGCCCGAGCACCCACGGGAUCAUAGAUCGCUCGUUCACGCUCGACAAUAGUGCAUCGAUCGUCGAUGACGUCAAACGACAGAAUCAUCGAAACAGUGAUCCAAGUGUCGCGUCGUUCGCCUCUGAAGAUCCGUUCGCCGUUUAAAUAAUUCGCAGACCGGCUCGUCCGUCACAGCGGGAUUUUAUAAAAUGCGCGCGCUCCGACGAUAAGGAUAAACGUUCAUCGAGGUAUCGAUUGCCUCUUCGCUCGUCGUUUAUGAUGUCCGCAAGCCGAAGAUGUUGAGAGGGUCUCAAGAUAAAACGAGGAUAAUUGACGACGUAUAACAGCUGAACAUCCGUGCGACGAUCCAGCGAGAACCAGAAAACGAUCCAAGACCCGGAGCGAUGUAUUGAGCCAUCGAUCACUGAGGAGAGGCGCGGGGAUGAGCGAGGCGUUCAAUUAAACCGUUCUAGUAGCGCGACAGAGAUCGAAAGAAUAGGGGGAGCCGCGUGAUUCGCUCGGAAAAUAUUAGUCGUGCAGUUGCAAAUGUCGUCUUCACGUUGAACCGUCAUAUACCGACCGACGAAUCUACCGAAAGAACCUCAAGUGUCCGAUUGAAUCAUCGUUUCCUGGAAAUUAUCGAUAUCAUUUGGAGAUCGGCGCGAACGAAUCUCGAAGGUUAUUUCAUUUAAGUGAAACCAGCUGCGUUCGUUUCGCGUUUGUUUUCGCGAAUCGGGUCGAAGCUCGAAGACACUCGGAAGAUAUUUCGGCGGACGAUCGCGAUCGACGCUCUGAGAGCGUCGAUGUUAGCGGCCGCCUCGAAUUGACAGCCAGAGGGGAGACACGGGACUUUGGAACUUUUCCAGCGACAGAUCCAGCGUGGACAAUGAAGUGGUGCUUAGUGGUGCUGAUUCUAGUCGGUGUCACGCGGGCCGAAAACUCCGUCGAGACGGACUAUUCGAUCUUCAAGUGUCCGGAGCUGAAUUCCCAAGAGGAGAUCGAUCUGAACGCGAUAAUGGGCAAGUGGUACGUGGUGGAGGUGCUCGAGCACAAAGUCGACCCAUUGAAACCGGUCAGCGGUAUGUACGUGGUCGACUCUUGCCCGAUCGUGAUGCUGAGAGCGGUCGAGAACUCGUCCAAGUUCUUCUCCUCGCUGAGGCUGCUAUGGACCGAGGAAGCGGGCAACCUUGAGUACAAUUUCCGGAUACCGGACAUCUACAGGAAGCCCGGAUACUGGCUCUCCAACUCCAUUCAGAACGGUACGCUCGCGGAGAGGCAGUACAACCAAUUCACCGGGAACGUGCACGUGAUGAAGGCCGUGGCCUCGGACAUGGUGCUGACUUUCUGUUCUCGGAGCCCGGACAAUCAGCUGUACUCGUUGCUGCUGUCGCGGGAGCACAUCCUUCAGCAGAGCGACAAACGCGGCGUGCACAAUUUGUUGGGACGCCGCGGCUUGAAAAUCGUCAGCAUCCGACAAACCUGCAUGAACGACGGCGCCCGGAGAAGAGGAUCGGCAUACCUAAUCGGUUGGCUGGCCGUGCUGGGCAUCCUUUCCGGGAUCUUCUUCGGUUCCUGGUAGUGGUAAAAAAAAAUAAAAAAGAGGGGGAUCAAAACUUCGGGGGUAAAUCGUUAGCUGGUUGGCUUGUCUUCGAGAAUCGAUCCCAGUCGAGAGCCACCGAUUCGGAAUUAACACCGACAGCUUUAACCGUCCUUCGAAUUUCUCUCCCGUGUUCUUUCAGCCAAGUAUAAGAGGAGAAAAGGGGGAGGAUAGCGGGGGCGAUUUCAGUAGUUAUCGAGAUAAGGAUGGUCGAUUUAACGACGUGACCGAUCUUUUGAUCAAAAGGGCUCCGUAAUUGCCAACGCAGCUAACGAUCUCGCGUCUCGUGUCCGUUGCACGGUGGCUCGUCCGCGGCGCAAUCGUAACGAGAAUCUCGCCGACGAGAAACGAGAGACGCGAACUAUUAUAUAUAGGUAAGUACACCUUCGGUUCUUUUCGGGACAAUACCGUGGGAAACGAUCCUAUUGGACGAUGUAUCGUUUCGCGUCCGUUUACCGUACAGUACACCCAUUGUCGAGAUUCUGUUGCCUCGAAGGAAUCCCGGAUACCGACUGACCCGGACUUGAAAUCUGUCCAACGUAUUUAUAACAUACGAUCGGCCGAGGACCGGUCCAAGUGUUCAAACUCCCCAGGUCGUUUACUCCUUCAAUUCUCGACGCCGUUCUUCCCGGUCGCUCGACCCUCCCGCCUCGUUGUUUUCAUUCUUUCCUCAUUUUCACUUCUCUUUAAUUUAUCAUCGCAGGUAUCGAUAAUAUCGAAAGUGUAAUAGCUCACGUCAUUCAGAAAUCUCGGUUCGAAUUUCAUUUUAUUUUAGUUUAUUCAUUACGUUACGAACUUCCAUAGGACAUAUCAUCACCGAUUAUUAUUAUUAUUAUUAUUAUUAUUAUUAUUAUUAUUAUUACUAUUAUUAUUAUUGUUAAAUAAACGUUUUAUGUUCAUGGGAACUGGGAGAGUGAGACGCGGUUAGGAACGAGCGUUCCCGUGGACAUUAGUCACGUUAGGUAGAAGUGCAUGUUGUAUGUAUCUCUCCGUUCGUGGAUUUAAGAAGACAAUAGUAAUGCGUCCAGGACGCGUGUCGGUUCGACAGAGAUCGAUCGCGUAGCUCUCGCCGCAUAAGAUUCGUCCGUUCGCCAGACGAACGAGGCUGCACGGUACGCAGAAAGUAUUUAAUGCGACAACGUGAACAUCGAACGCGGAUAGAUACCUUUUGCCCUCGAGUUCGUUUUAGAGUUGAACCACGAUUCGAUCGGUUCACGAUUAGAACAGCAGUUACUGUCAUUAGAAACAUUGUCGUCGACUCAUUCGCUUUUUAUUCGGGACAUACACGUUUACUAAAAACGCAGACACAUAAACAGACACACACACACACACACAUACAAACACGCGUGCAUACUGAAUACAUAUCUUUUUAUACUUAAUCGAGAUUCGUUGAGGCGAUCUUUUUUAUAACGACUUUUCAAUUCCGCGUCUUCGCAUGCCUUUUUAUACGAAGAUAUAUUUGAACGUACAAAAUUCAAAGCUUUUUACAUUUUCUAUAAAUACACGCGCUUCCAGUUUCGAACGGCAGCUCCGCGCCGCCCACGCUAGUCAAUUCUAGUAGCCCUCCGCGGAUGGACUGGAUGCUUCAUCUGCAGAAAAGCGAAAAUGUAAAUAUACUGGUAUUCAACGUCAGGGGUUUCAAUUAUUAUACAAAAUAAAAAAUACUGUAACGUUAUUUCAUUAUUACCGACAUUUUUAUUUCUAAAAGAAUAUUUAAACUGUUAAUCUUUAUUGGACUGACGUAUUGACAGUGAACGUAGUUUAUGUUCAAUUAUUAAUUUUGACAUUUCGCGUUUUCAACAUGCAACUUCUGGUUUAGACAGAUUUUCGUGCAGGCAUCCAGUCUCUACGUGGAGAGUCGCUAGUCAAUUCUAUCGACUUUUAACACCUAAUCGUUGUGUCACCGUUUCAAUAAUUUCAAGCAAAACGAUCGAUCCACGCGUGUCGCGCAGAUAAUCUAUUAAUAACUGAUAACGUUUCCUCUGGAUGUUUUCGACGCAUUCACUCUGAAUAUUUGAUAAACGAAUCGAUGCACUGAAAUUGAAAUGUUUACAAGGGAAUGAAGAGAACUGCCACGAUUUGUUUCUCUUUUGUGAAAAAUAAAAAAAUAUAUAAGGCCUGUGCGUUGUAUGUAUAUAAUAUGUUCGGAGUGACUAGAGAAAUUUCGAUUGAACAAAUAUAACUAUUAACAUAGAACAUUAUUAUUAUACGCAUGGGGAAAGCUCGUUAAAUUCUAUUGUACCACUUUUCGAUGGGCAAUCGCGAGGGAGAGUACGCCGUGUUAUGUUUAAAAUGCUCUAGAGUCUUUAUUUAUUGUACAGAAUGCUCGAUAUACAUAUUAAAUAUAAAUAUAAAUAUAUAUAUAUAAUGAAAAUACGAUCUAGUACCUAAUAUACGAUAUUAUCGUACAUCGCUUAUUGUGUGUAUAAAUAUGGAAAAAUAAAUCACUUCGACGGUUCCUGCUUCUACUUA